GCUCGCCCGCCGUUUGAUUCUGUGCGAAGAAUGGCGACUGGGCGGGUGACGUCACCGUCUGACGAACAAAGACUCUGAGCGGCGGAGGAACAUUUUGGAGUUGGCUUGAACGGCGAGCGAGCUGCGCUAGCAUUAGCGAGCCUCUUGGGACGAGGACGAGGAUGAGGGAUCGAUCGGCCAUCACUCGGCUCGAUGCAAAGUCCACUCGGGCGCUCGAUCUGACGUCAGCGCGCGUGCAGGCAAAGUCCUUUUGCACUUUGGACGCCAAAGGUCCUGCUAACGAUUAGAAGAAGUUGACGGGCCAGGUCUGCACGUGUUUUUCGCUCGUCUGCGCGAAUCCAAAUUUGACGCCGCUUUGGCGUGCCUCUUUUUGUUGCCUCGUGGGCUCUCACGGUCACCGUCGAGUCUUUGGAGUGGGCCCGAGCCCAAAGUGACACCUGCCCGCGUCUUCCCUGCCUGCCUGCCUGCCUGCCUGCCUGCCUGCCUGCCUGCCCGCCUGCUCCCUGCACGGCUUGUUGACUCGUCAAAGUUUUUGCUUUCGGCCACUUCCAGACUGACCAGUCCAUCGAAUUGGACGAGCGACAAGGCCGUCGGCCCGCCUUCCGCCAUGACUCGGCCGCUGGUCCUGGCGCUGGUCCUGGCUCUGGCCCCGCCGUGCGUCCGCUCCCAACCCGAGAGCUGCUUCUCCCGGCAGCACGCCAACGCCGCCGUCAACGCCAGGGUGGCGCUCGCUGCCACCGCCGGCGUCACCGCCGCCGCCCGAUCCGCAAAGAGCGAGCAGGAAUGCGUGCUGGCCUGCUGCUCCCAGCGGGUGCAAGCGGGCGCCAAGUGCAACGUGGCCGUGUUUAAUGGCAACAAGCAUGGUGGCGGGGGCGGCGAGGACAACUGCUUCCUGUACCACUGUCCCAAUGAGCGCGACUGUCCGCUGACGCAGGCGCCGCCCGGCGUGCGCACCUUCGACAUCUUCAAAGGUGUGAUCCACCCGAGCACCGUCCGUCCCGCCGCGACCUCGAUCGCCAGCGCGCCCGCACUGACCAUCGCCGCCGGCCGAGACGUUUUCGUGACCGUGGCGGCCGCCAAGUCGGCGGACAAGGCGGCUACAAAGCAAAAGAAGGCAAAAAGUGACAAGAAGCCAAAAAGUCAAGUGGCGGCGGCAGCGCCAAAGACUGCUGCCUCAGCGCCUUUGAGCACUCCGCCUCCUCCGAGUACACCUCGGCCUCCGACGUCUGCUGCGAGCGCACCUCCUCCAAGCGCCACGACUCCGGCCCCUGUGACGACAACUCCCGCCGCUGCAACGUCCAAGCCGCAGUCUCCUACAACCACGACGACAACGCCGCCUCCUAGCAGCACGACUCUGCCUCCCACACCUUCUCCUUCAGCGGCACCCGUGACUCCUUCUCCUCCUACGAGCACGAGCCCUCCUCUCCUGACAACGCCUUCGUCACGUCUGACCACAGCCACUCCGAUAACCCCCGGCAGCGGGCGUAGUCAGGCGUCCAAGGUGCCGGCAGGUUCCCAGGAGAGCGGCGGCAAAAUGUCAUCGGGCGCGCCGAGGAGCGGCGUGGUGGCGUUCCUGGUGGCGGGCGCGGUGGCGCUGAUGCUGGCACUGGCUGUGGCGCUGGGCGGGCGCAAGGCUGUGGAGUCCUUCGACAGACGCCAUUACACGCGGCUGGAGCUCACCGACCUCCACUACGACCUGUGAAGCGGCCGGCGACGCUCCACGGCGAGCGACAUAUGGCGGGACACGGCGAGCGGGGAGAAUAUCUGCAAACUCAGGAAGACGCUCGCCGACGACACGCGGGACUUGACUUGCUGUCGUUUCAUCUUCUUCGAAACGCCACUGAAUAGUGGAUGAAAAAUCACUCUUUUAUUUCCAUGUUUCAAACGGACAAUCCACUCUGAUUGGGCGACAGGUUGGCCCCGUAUCAUCCGUCAGAAGAAUUGUUGUGCAAAGUCAAAUGGGGUGUUGACAGAGAGGAGAUCUGGGUUUUUCUCACUCUGCUUUCAUGGAGGACUCGACAAAUGUGUUGUCAGAGAGGCUGAAAUCUUGAGCCAUUUGACAAGUUUAACUUCAACAGUGGCUCCAGAUGAUGAACGGAUUCUCCAAAUAGUCAUUUGAGAUUCAGUCAGUUGUCUCUUGAUGAAUGACUCGUUGCACUUGUCCAUCACCGGCAUGUCGUCCAUCUGCUUACAAGCACACACACACACACACACACACACACACACACACACACACACACACACACACACACACACACACACACACACGCACUUCGUUUUAAGAUGACGCUUUGGUUGUCAUGAACGGCGAGCGUUUCUUAGCAAUUGUAGUGCUCACCUUGACCACAUAGUGGCGGCAGCAACUGGCCCAAUCGCUCGACACCCCCCAUCUUUUCUUUGCUCAUAUUUGUCAGAUGGUUCAUGCUGCUAUUGGGUUUAAUCCAAAACUAAUCUUGUUCUCCGAUCAAGCAAGGCUUUUUUCAGAGUUUCUUCUUCUUGUACGCAUUAAAAUUGGAAAUACUGUUUUUCAUUUUG